AUGGCUUCCGGUUCUUCCUCCUCUUUCCUCCUCCUCCUCAUCCUCGUCGCCUUCAUCUCCAUCGCCACCGCCGAAAUUCGCUUCACCGAGAUCCGAUCCGACCCCCGACCAAUCAUCCCCUUCGAUGAAUUCGGUUUCACUCACAAUGGCAGACUCGAACUCAACGUUUCCAAACUAUCGUUCUCGACAGCAGACCCUGACCUCUCUAAAUUAGGUUUUUUUCUCUGCACGCGUGAUUCAUGGCUUCAGGUUCUCCAACAGAUCGAAGACGCGGAGAUAGCGUGUGCGCUUCAAUCCAAUAUCAUCAAAGAAGUUUACAAUUUGAAUUCGAUAGCGAAAGAUGCGAAAGCUAAGGUCUCAAUGGACGUCCGAUCUGCUAUGUACAAUCUCGAUGGCAAGUCCAACACUCGCGAUUACCUUUCUGCUGGAAUUACCGUUCUCCCAAGGGUUUAUUUCUUGUUCUCCCUCAUUUACAUUACUAUGGCAGCAGCUUGGGUUUACUUUCUGUACAAAAAACGUCUUACUGUAUUCGGAAUCCAUUUCUUUAUGCUUGCUGUUGUGGUCCUGAAAGCAUUAAACUUGGUAUGUGAAGCCGAAGAUAAAUCCUAUAUCAAGCGUACCGGUAGCGCCCAUGGAUGGGACGUUCUGUUCUACAUUUUCAGCUUCCUGAAAGGAAUCACAUUGUUCACAUUGAUCGUGUUAAUCGGAACUGGAUGGUCGUUCCUGAAACCCUAUCUCCAAGACAAAGAAAAGAAGGUGCUAAUGAUUGUGAUCCCACUUCAAGUCGUCGCCAACAUUGCUCAAGUCGUGAUCGAUGAAUCAGGGCCAUAUGGACAAGAUUGGGUGACAUGGAAGCAGGUGUUUCUACUAGUCGAUGUUGUCUGUUGUUGUGCUGUUCUAUUCCCCAUUGUUUGGUCAAUCAAGAACUUAAGAGAAGCAGCUAGAACAGAUGGAAAAGCAGCUGUUAAUCUGAUGAAAUUAACCCUCUUCAGACAAUAUUAUGUUGUGGUUAUCUGCUACAUUUACUUCACAAGAGUUGUGGUGUAUGCAUUGGAGACUAUCACUUCGUAUAAGUAUUUGUGGACUAGUGUAGUAGCUGCUGAGUUAGCCACUCUUGCUUUUUAUGUUUUCACUGGGUACAAUUUCAAACCAGAGGCUCAUAAUCCUUACUUUGCUGUUGAUGAUGAUGAUGAAGAAGCUGCAUCAGAGCAAUUGAAACUUGAAGAUGAAUUUGAACUUUGA